UUAAAUGGCCGCGUGCGGCAGACAAAAGCGCAUGAAAAAUUCAUAAGAAUUUGUCGGUCCGUAAGAAGGCAUUCUCGACCAACGUUCGUCAACGUCAGGCAGCGACAACAGCAAUAACAUCAUAUAGCAUAUAGGCUAGCCUUAAACGUCUAUCGUUAGGUGUAACGAGCCAACAUGCAAAUUGCCUGCGCUGGACCCACGCCCGGACCCCAGGAUCAGAAUCCGUAUCCGUACCAGAACCAGAAACAGUACGAGUACCAGGACGAGGCCCAAUACCAGCACCAGCACCAGUACGAACAUCGUCAUCAUCAUCGGGUGUAGAAGAACCAACAGGGGCACAAUAAAAAUUGCCUAUAAAUGGGCGGAAGAGCCAAAGGCUGGGAGCAGUCGGUGAUGGUGGAGGAUAUACGCACAAGGACAACAACGGUGGCAGGCAAACAGCACAACAAAGCCAAACUUCCGCAUAGGAUGCGCCAGAACGGAAGUUAUUUUGGCCGCCUGAACGUGAGCGCGCUGCUCAUCUACUUGGGCUGCUAUCUGCUCCUGAUAAUGGCAGCAUCUGGCGGCAGCAACAAUGUGGUAAAUGGCCUCAAAUGCUACUGCAAUCCGAAGGAGUGCGACGUAAUACAUUCACCGGACUGCCCAGGCAAAGGACUUAUGCUCUGGGAUCCCUGCAAAUGUUGCCGCAUAUGCGCCAAAACGCUGGGCGAGUCCUGCGGCGGUCCGGGCGGAUUUUCCGGUCAAUGUGAGCCGCCCCUGCAGUGUGUGACCAAACUGCCCAUUAGCAGCGGACUGGGCGUAUGUAUGGACUUGCAGCACUUGACCGCCCUGACCUACAGCCAACGCAAUAAUUGCACUGACAGCGAAUCGAUUGUCCUGCAGCCAGGAUGCGAGAUCACAAACAAACGCUGCCAGUGCUGGCCCACCAUGCGCACCUGUCGCAGCGACUUCACCGGCGACGGCGGCUCCCCCAGCGAAUCCCGUUGGCAUUUCAAAAACCUACAGGAGUGCCAGUUGAAUUUGCAAAACCUUAUUAAGCUCGAACUGGAAUUCGAUGAAGACUACAAAAUCUCACCGAGCAAAUUUUCAUACAAAAAGUUGCGCAGAAAGCGGAAAUCUCUAAGAAAACGCAUAAUCAUCUAGGUUUGAGGCAUCAACCUGCCAUUGAAGUCGCAGCCUCUUUCUCAUCUCUUACUUAUUGAAAAAAGAAAAAAAAAUAACAAAAACAUAUGGAAAAUCUUGUACAGAUAGUAUGCUUACUUCUAAAUAAUAAUAUGGCUAAUAUAAAAUAUGAGAAAUACAAAUACAUAUACAAGAGGAAAAGAACAUAUGAUAAAUAAAUGAAAUAUUGUAUGUAUCCUAAGACAUUUGUUACUUUAUUGUUUUUAGAGUGCGCAUACGUAUGUAUAAAUUUGCAAUUUCUAUUCCUAACGCCAAAACAUAAGAGUCAAGCCCAAAUAUACAAACAAUAAAAUAAAAGCAUUUAAAAAAUGUUGAUGCUUUGAAAACGAAAAUAUUUAAAAUGUGCAAAAUGUUAAGCCAAGCCAUUCAAUAAACAAUAAACAAUAAUGCCGAAUGACAAAUUUUUGCUGUAAUGAAAAAGCAUCUGAAAUAUAUAAAUGGCCAGAAA